UGCCACAAACAAACGAAAGUGCUACAGUAGCGAAAUCCAAAAAUUUUCCCAAACUAAACAAGGCCCACCUUUGAAUCUCCAUCUCCAGUUGCACACACUUGUCCGCUCCUGUCGCGGCCUCUCUCUCUCUCUCUCCUCCCUCCAGCCUCACGCACACGCACCCCAGGUGAAUAAGCACAAAUUUCAAACACGAAAAAUCCAAACAAAACAGAUCCCAACCUCCAACCUGGGCCCGCCCCAAAUGCGCCGGCCUCGCGCCGUCGCCGCUGCACGCCGUCGAUGACUCCCGCCCCUCCGAACGCCGCGGCCGGCGACCUCUUCGCUGCCAACCUCACGGGGGCGCUUCUUGCGGUCGCCUCCUCCGCCUUCAUCGGCGUCAGCUUCAUCGUCAAGAAGAAGGGCCUACGCCGGGCGGCCGCCGCCGGCGCCCGCGCAGGUGUUGGAGGCUAUGGGUACCUCUUGGAGCCACUCUGGUGGGUUGGGAUGGUUACGAUGCUCAUUGGGGAGAUUGCCAAUUUCGUGGCCUACAUGUUUGCGCCAGCUGUUCUUGUCACCCCGCUUGGCGCGCUCAGCAUAAUUGUCAGUGCUGUUCUAGCCCAUUUCACCCUGAAUGAGAAGCUGCAGCGGAUGGGCGUGUUGGGUUGUGUCCUCUGUAUAGUCGGGUCAACCGUUAUCAUCCUCCAUGCACCUGAGGAAGAGACACCAAGCUCAGUGACACAGAUCUGGCACUUGGCUACGCAACCUGCCUUUCUUUGUUAUGCUGUCUCUGCAUUGGCGAUCUCACUGAUCUUGAUACUUCACUGUGCACCCCGUUAUGGGCAGACCAACAUAGUAGUUUAUGUGGGAAUUUGCUCGGUGAUAGGAUCUUUGACGGUAAUGAGCAUCAAGGCGGUAGGCAUUGCUAUCAAGCUUACAAUUGAGGGUAUAAACCAGGCUGGCUAUUUCCAGACUUGGUUGUUUGCAACUGUUUCAGCAACAUGCAUAAUUAUUCAAUUAAUUUACCUGAACAAGGCAUUAGAUACUUUCAAUACCGCAGUUGUUUCUCCCAUCUACUAUGCGAUGUUCACAUCCCUCACAAUUUUAGCAAGUGCCAUAAUGUUUAAGGACUGGUCCGGGCAGAGUAUAAGCAGUAUUGCUUCUGAGAUUUGUGGGUUUCUUACUGUGCUUACUGGUACUGUUGUACUGCAUUCUACAAGAGAACAUGAUCCAACCCUUUCUUCAGAUCUGUAUGCUCCUCUUUCCCCAAUAUAUUGGCAUAUCCAAGGCAAUGGUGAAACAGGAGGAAAACUGAAAGAGGAUGAUUUACUCUCUGGAGAUUUCAUUGCCGUGGUGCGACAAGACUACUUUGUCUAGAGACCUUCCACGAUGCUUAAUGUUCUUGAUUAAAAAAAGAAGAGAACACUAUCGAAGGAUCUUACUGAUGCUCAGUGGACUGCGGCUCUCCCAUUUUGCGUGGCUCAUCAUUGAGAAACUCGUUAUGCUUCCUAUGCUCAUGAUGUCUCAAGAGUCAAAGGCAGUCUUUCUGCGGCCGCUGGACUGACCCGAGUAAUUGCUAAGUUUUGUAGAAAUGGUUAGGAUUUGUUGAAGUUCCUGUUUGAUCACAGGCACCUGGGCGAUGCCUUGUAGUAAGAUGUAAGCAAUCUGUCUAGCAUGCUGGGUUGAGCAAGCUUUGCUGCAGUGUAUCAGGGUGGUGCAGCUGUUGUAUUUAUAUUGUACAGUCUAAUGUGAAUGUAUGAAUUAGAGCUAACAAAAUGUGCGCAGAUAUUUCAUGAAAACUUUGUCGAGCUUCUUUAGGUUACAUAUAUAUUGCUCCUGACUUGUGAUA